AUGAGUGUUGUGAAUGAAAAGCUGAAGCUCGAAAAUAUCCGCUCUGCACUAAUCCGUCAAGAGGACACUAUAGUCUUUGAUUUUUUGGAACGUGCUCAGUUUCCUGUAAAUGAGAAAGUUUACAAGGAAGGAAGUGAAGGUUGCUUGAACUUGCAGCAAACUGAUAAAAGCUUCUUAGAGUUUCUUUUGCACGAAGAGGAAAAGCUUUAUUCGCUCGUAAGACGUUAUGCUAGUCCUGAAGAAUACCCUUUUACAUCGGAUUUACCAGAACCCAUCCUGCCUGAUUUUAAGAAACCUUUUCCACUACAUAGGAACGAGGUAAAUGUGAAUGCUGAAAUUUAUGACUAUUAUGUGAAGGAAAUUGUGCCAAAGAUCUGCGCCAACGGCAACGACUCUGACAAUUUUGGCAGCACAGCAGUAAGUGAUAUCCGAUGCCUCCAAUCUCUAUCUAGAAGAAUCCACUAUGGAAAAUUUGUCGCAGAAGCAAAAUUUUUGGCCAAUCCAGAGAAAUACAAAAAAUUGAUUGAAGCUCGUGAUUCAGAAGGAAUAAUAAACGCGAUUGUCGACCCCGUACAAGAAGGACGUGUGUUACAACGUCUUCAUUAUAAAGCUUUAACUUAUGGUCGUGAUUCCGCAGACCCUACCAAGCCAACGGAUAAAAUUAAUGCUGAUACGGUCGUUUCCAUCUACAAGGAGUACGUGAUUCCCAUGACUAAAAAGGUAGAAAUAGAUUAUUUACUUAAUCGUCUCAAGGACUAG